UGUAAAAUAAGUAAAACCGCCGAAGAGGAUUAUUUCCGUUAUUUCUCUCUGCUUUCGCGUUAUAUUCUCUCAGUUUUUGAUUGUAAAAAAAAUGGAACAAAUUAAAAAUUACGAAGCUCAACUUGAUAGAGAAUUAUCUAAAUAUCCACUAAUUGUAAAAUUAGAAAAAGAAUGUAACGUUCCUAAGACUUAUUUGGUUGCAGGAAGUGUGGCGUUACUAUCUCUUAUGAUGCUUUUUAACGUUUGGGGAAAACUUCUCAGUAAUUUAGUUGCUUGGGGAUAUCCUGCUUAUGCUUCUUUCAAAGCCAUUGAGACCACGAAAACCGAUGAUGAUACUCAGUGGUUAACUUACUGGACUGUAUUGGGAUUUUUUCAUAUUAUUGAAUUUUUUUCGGAUAUUAUCUUACAUUGGGUUCCAUUCUACUUUUUACUUAAAGUGGUAUUUUUCCUUUGGUUAUUUUUACCACAAACUAAAGGAGCACAAAGAUUAUAUAUUGGAUUCCUAAGACCAACACUUUUGAAUUACGAAAAAGAUGUUGAUUCAGGAUUAAAUAAACUUAAAUCUAAAGUUAUUUAUUUUUAAGUUAUAUUU